AUGCAAGUGACUCGCUCGCACAAACUAAAUGAUCGCGAGUACCCAGCUGACGCCAUGCUGAGUACCCGUGACAAUCUCCCACGCUAUUUUGCAAAGUCUGGCCCCACAGAUGCUGAUCCUCGUAAGACAAAGAAGGAUGGCGGUGGAAAGGGUAACUGGGGUCGCUCUGGUGAUGAAAUGCAGGAUUGCGACUACAAGUUCACCAACACUCGGCGUCGCUCGAAUAGCAGCACCCAGGGCCUGGCUGACUUCAGCACCAAAUUUGAGGCAUUUGACCCAGAGCCUGUCUUUGAAGAAGGGUUUCAUGACGCCUUUGAUGUGCCCGCAGGAAAUGGAAGCACUGUGACCAAAGUUGAGAGCACCAGCAGCAACACCGAUAGUGAGAUUGAUCACAAUGGAGUAAAUCAUUAG